GUGACACUCAAACUCAGCUGAUAAGGAGAGGCUGCAAGAAGGAAGAAAUCAUCUCCCCACAGAACAAAAUAACAAUUAUCCAGGGAGAUUCUCUGUCCAUGUCGGUCAACCAACCGGAGCCUGUCCAGCUAAAGCCACAGAAGAUUAGUCUGAGACUGCGAUCUGGGCUUUCUACCACAUUCAGUGUUUCCUUCAAGAGAGCUGAGGGUUAUCCAGUCGAUCUCUACUACCUGAUGGACCUGUCUUACUCCAUGAAAGAUGACUUGAAAAAUGUCAAAGAACUGGGAAAAGAUCUUUUUGCAACUUUGAAUAAAAUCACACCACAUGCUCAAAUAGGGUUUGGUACCUUUGUGGAUAAGACCGUCCUUCCUUACACCAACAUUAACAAGGAGAAACUGUUGAAGCCAUGUGAUGAGAACGACCAGCAGUGCCAGGCCGCCUUUGGCUACAGGCAUGUGCUUAGCAUGACACCGAUGGAAGAUGAGUUCAAGAAGAAAGUGACGGAGCAGUUCAUUUCUGGGAACUUGGACUCUCCAGAAGGCAGUCUUGAUGCCAUGAUGCAGGCUGCCGUGUGUGGGGACAAAAUCGGUUGGAGGAACAGCAGCACUCGUCUGCUGGUGCUGACCACGGAUGCUGGAUUCCACAUGGCCGGGGACGGGAAACUAGCCGGCAUCCUGGAACCUAACGAUAAACAGUGUUACAUGGAGAACAACCUUUACAGCAAGAGCACUGACAUGGACUACCCGUCUGUUGGACAACUAGCUAUGCAGUUGGAAGAAAACAAUAUUCAGCCAAUAUUUGCAGUGACAAAAAAUGUAGAAAUUGUGUAUAAGCAACUUUCUAGAAUGAUUCCAAAAUCAGAGGUGGGAGUUCUGUUAUCAGAUUCAACAAAUGUUGUUCAACUGAUUGAGAGCGCCUACAAUAGAUUGUCCUCCAAAGUCACUUUGACCCAUGAUAAUCUGCCUGAUAAUGUACGAGUGGUCUACACCCCUAAGUGUGACCAUGCAGGACCACCAGGGGACAGCGAAGGGGUCUGUGACCAUGUGCGAGUAGGAGAGGAGAUUUCAUUUGAUGUCACAGUGACGGCGACCUCGUGCAAUGAGGACCAGUCUUUCACGAUCAGACCACUGGGCAUCAAAGACACACUGACAGUGACUCUAUCGACCAACUGUGAGUGUCAGUGUGUUGACCCAGCGAUCAGGAGCCACCCACACUGCACCGGCAAGGGACAAGUCAGCUGUGGCAUAUGCAGCUGCAGUGAAGGCUUCAUCGGUCAGUUCUGCGAGUGCUCCAUCGGCGAUAAAGACGAGCGGACCUUACGAGCAUCCUGCCAGAGGCAGAAUGGCACCGAGUGCGAGGGCCGAGGAGACUGCGUCUGCGGCCGGUGCAAUUGCCACACCACGGAGAGUGGGAGCAGCUACUAUGGCGAAUUCUGCGAAUGUGACCACGAACACUGUGAAAAGUUCAUGAAUAAACUUUGUGGAGGGAAGGGCAAGUGCAACUGUGGUGAAUGUAAGUGCAAUGGCGGCUACGAGGGCUCCGCCUGUCAGUGCCAGGUGUCUGAGGAGGGCUGCCGGACCCUGAACAACACAGUGUGCUAUGGCAGAGGCGCCUGCAAGUGCAACCGCUGUGAGUGCAGAGAAGGAUACCAGAACCCCCGGUGCCAGACAUGCCUCGGCUGCACCGACCCGUGCCAGACCAAACUGAACUGCAUUGAAUGCCUUGGCUUUCAAUCAGGUCCCUUUAAAAAGAACUGCAGUGAGGCUUGCAGCACUAGUAUUUAUCAUGAGAUGGUGGAUCAGUCCACCAUACAAAGCAAGAGGUGCCAGCAAAAGGACUCGGACGGCUGCUGGAUCAAAUUUAAUCUGCACCAGUUGGUCGGAGAGGAUAACUACAAGGCUGAAAUUCUGAAACAGAGAGACUGUCCAGAACCACCGAGCGUCACAGCGAUCAUCGGAGGCUCCCUUGCGUCUGUGGCUCUCAUCGGCAUCUUGUUGCUGAUGUUGAUCAAACUACUCAUCUACAUGAAGGACCUCAAAGAGUUCAGGAAAUUUGAAAAUGAAAAGAAGAAAUCCAAGUGGGCAGAGGCCGACAACCCCCUUUUCCAGACUGCCACCACCACUGUGGCCAACCCAAUCUUCACUGGAGAAUAAGGACUAUUGCUGAAUGAGCUGCACAGAUGGUCUGUUAAGCAGCAUCGAGCUGAGGAGACCACCGGAGGAGGAACCUGGCUUUACAUACACUGGAUCCACCAUUUGAGGGCAGUAGCUCAGUCACAGGGACUUGGUUUAGACUGGUAGAAAGGUACCAGUCUGCUUCUCGGGCACUGCCGUGGUACUCUUGAGCAAGGCACUGUAUUGUGACUGUCCACGCCACCUAAUGUUCAGAUACAUUUUAUUUCACUGCGUGUGGUGUACAAUACAAUGUGUGACAAUAAAAGUUGAAAGAUG